UGUGUGUGUGUAGGUGGGUCGGGGGGUCAUUAAUAACUAAUUAGAGGCUCAGAGCCACAGGCUGCUAUAAGUGGAGCUGAUCCGGAGGGAGCGCAUCAGAGUCCCGCACACAUGGGUUCGGUUCUGCCCGCGGAGGCGCUCGCGCUGAAGUCCAGGUUCAGGUCUCAGCUGUGUGAGAUCAUCACCUCUGAUAUCCUGCACAGCUUCCUGUACGGCCGAUGGAGGAACGUGCUGGGAGAGAAUCCGUGCGAGGAGCAGCAGAGGACCGCGUUCACCGCCGAGGCUCUGGCGCAGUCCUUCACCGGAGAGGUGCAGAAGCUGUCUAGUCUGGUCCUGCCCAGCGAGGUCAUCAUCGCCCAGAGCUCAGUCCCUGGAGAAGGUCUGGGGAUUUUCUCCAAGACCUGGAUCAAAGCUGGCACUGAGAUGGGCCCGUUCUCCGGGAGGCUCGUGUCCCCCGAGCACGUGGACCUGCGGAAGAACAAUAACCUCAUGUGGGAGGUGUUUAAUGAGGACGGCACAGUGCGCUGCUUCAUCGAUGCCAGUCAGGAGGACCAGCGCAGCUGGAUGACCUACAUUAGAUGUGCCCGGAACGAGCAGGAGCAGAACCUGGAGGUGCUUCAGAUCGGCAGCAGCAUCUUCUACAGAGCUCUGGAGACUAUUCCUCCGGAGCAGGAGCUGCUGGUUUGGUAUGGGAAUUCCCACAACACUUUCCUGGGUAUUCCUGGUGUUCCAGGCGCAGAGGAGGAGCACCAAAAGAAGAAGAGCGCAGACGACUCUCAGGUUUGCGAACGCCGCGUCUUUCCUCGCUGGGCCUCCCUCUUCCUUCUCGAGUCGCAUGCGCUGCGUUUGCGUCAUCUGCCACCGCGGCUUCAACUCCCGCAGCAACCUGCGCUCGCAACAUGCGCAUCCCAACACUGGGGGGGGGACAAGCCUUCGUCUGUUUGCCGCUUCUGCAGCCGACGGCUUCAGCCAGUCCUCCACGCUGCGCAACCACGUGCGUCUUGCCACACCGGCGAGCGCCCUUACAAGUGCACCGUCUGCCCGAGCGCGUACUCGCAGCUGGCCGGCCUUGCGCGUCAGCAUCAGAAGAGUGCGCGACACAGACCCAGCGGAUCGAACUCUGAGGCCAGGCACCCACAUUGCCAGCCGUUCCCACCUGCACUGCUGCGCCACAUCCCCGCCAUGGUGCUCUGA